UCUCUGCAAUGCAAUCAGUGUUUACAACCUCACCUGCAAUAACUGUUCAGAAAACUGCACUGAUGUUCUGUUUAGUAACAAGAUUACCUUCUUAAUGGACCUUCUGAUACACCAGUUGACGGUUUAUGUUCCAGAUGAAAAUAAUGCUAUUUUGGGAAGAAAUACAAAUAAGCAAGUAUUUGAAGGCUUGACCACGGGACUUCUGAAAGUCAGUGCUGUGGUUUUUGGCUGCCUGAUUGCCAAUCGACCAGAUGGAACCAGCCGGCCAGCUACACCAAAAAUAUCAACACAGGAAAUGAAAAACAAGCCCGCACAAGGUGAUGCUUUUAACAGUCGAGUUCAGGACCUCAUCAGCUACGUGGUGAACAUAGGUCUGAUCAACAAGCUGUGUGGCUGCUUCCUCUCGGUGCAAGGCCCAGUGGAUGAGAAUCCCAAGAUGGCCACAUUUCUGCAGCAUGCCACAGGACUUUUACAUGCAGUGUGCACGCUGUGCUUUGCCGUCACCAGAAGGUCGUACAGCAUAUUUGACAAUAAUCGUCAGGAUCCCACAGGGCUGACAGCUGCUCUUCAGGCCACAGACCUGGCUGGAGUCCUGCACAUGCUCUACUGUGUCCUGUUCCACGGCACCGUCUCAGACCCCGGCACUGCCAGUCCCAAGGAGAGUUAUGCCCAGAACACUGUCCAAGUGGCCAUUCAGAGUUUACGUUUCUUCAACAGCUUUGCAGCUCUUGAUCUGCCUGCUUUUCAGUCUAUUGUAGGGGCAGAGGGCUUGUCCCUUGCAUUCCGGCACAUCGCCAGCUCCCUGCUGGGCCACUGCAGCCAAGUCUCCUGUGAAAGCCUCCUCCAUGAGGUCAUCAUCUGUGUGGGCUACUUCACUGUCAACCACCCAGAUAACCAGGUAAUCGUACAGUCCGGCCGCCACCCCACGGUGCUGCAGAAGCUCUGCCAGUUGCCCUUCCAGUAUUUCAGUGACCCACGGCUGAUCAAAGUGCUGUUCCCUUCGCUUAUCGCUGCUUGUUACAACAACCGUCAGAACAAGAUCAUUCUGGAGCAAGAGAUGAGCUGUGUUUUACUGGCCACGUUUAUUCAGGAUUUUGCACAGGCUCCGGGUCAGGCAGAUAACCAGUCUUAUCAGCCCAAAGGAAAAUGCCUUGGUUCCCAAGACAGUCUUGAGCUGGCUAACAGAUUUCCUCAGCAGGCUUGGGAAGAAGCUCGACAGUUUUUCUUGAAAAAAGAGAAAAAAUAAAUGUUUUAGUUGGGUCUGCAUUUGAGUACCCUCGUUAAUAUUUUAAAUUGUUCAAACAAACGUUGUAACUGUUCCUAAAGAAACUCAUUUUCACAUGUUUAUAGUCUCUCCAUGCACUGUAGAUAUGGUAUAUACUUCGCGCUAUUUAUAAUGACUGUGUAGAUACUUUAAUGUUCCACUUCCUAAUUUUUUGCAAGUUUAAUCUGUUUCAUUUAUGCACAGUAUUUUGGAUUUUGGUACCUUCCAUCCAGUCAUUAUAUAUAACUUGAUUUGUAAUAUGGGUGACAUUAGACAUCAAAUUAGAAAGUCUGUUCUUGUAAUAAAAUAACUUAACUCUGCAGUGUGACUUUAUUUCACAUUCGGUGUUUUUAAAUUAUUGCUGACUUUUCUCGUUAAGGCAAUACAGAUUUGGAAAAAAAAAGUUAACUCCAUCGCCUAAAGUUAACGACUUAAAGUUUACUUGCUCUAAAUUUCCAUUUUUAAGAUUUGGAGUAGAGAUGUUUGCAACACUUUCACAUUCUAACUGCAUAGUGUGUUCUGAGGGCUAUUUAAAAUGGUCUGCCUAAACUUUCCUAGCAGGCAAGCCUGAGAACCUCCUUUAGUACUGCUGAACUCAAAGCAGUCUCCAGAAAAAAUUGGUGCUGUAAAAAAGAUCAAUCAUAAUGAAUUAUCCUAAAGUAUUUUCUCAAAUAAUUUUGAAAUCAAGCAACACUGAAGUAAAAAUAAAGCAGACGGUCACAGCGGCUCUGAAUAAGUUUCCUACUACUCCGUGCACUGCAUUGCCUACACUUGAACGUGUGAAGGCCCUGUCUGGGAGAUGCUGACCUUUUCGUAUCUUGUUCUCACUGUUUCUCCACCUUAAGCCGACGGUCAGUGCUAAGCUGUUCACUGAGUGACAUCAGCAAUAAUUUCUGUCAGAUAAGGAUCAAACACUACCAA